GGACACUUCCAUGGAUUUACUUUUUAAAAUGGUAAAGUUAUAUGCAUUGACCGUUCUAUAUAAAAGUCCUCCGUCAGUAACGACGCUGAAAGCUGCUUAUGAUGUAGAGUCGUUCUCAUUUUUUCAAAAGAAUAGUAUUAAAGAGUUUAUGUGUUUUGUCAGUAAAACCAUUGUAGAAAGAACGCAGACUUGUGCCAGGCAAAGCGUCAAAGAAGGAGAAUACAUGUGUCAUGUCUAUGUACGAGCCGACAAUCUCGCUGCAGUUCUCAUCUCGGAUCAUGAAUACCCUAGGAGAGUGGCUCAUACUCUAAUUACAAAAGUGAUGGAAGAGUUUACAGUGAAACAUCCACCAUCGACAUGGCCCGCGCUUAAAGAGGUCACCGCUGACUUUCCACAGAUCAAUACGUAUCUAGCCAAGUAUCAGAAUCCAGUUGACGCGGAUGCGCUCACGAAAAUGCAGAACGAUCUAGAUGAAACCAAAAUUAUUUUGCACAAUACCUUAGAAGCUGUGUUGCAAAGGGGAGAGAAGCUGGAUGAUCUAGUCUCUAAAUCGGAAGGAAUCCGCGCUCAGUCGAAGGGAGGAAAUAGGCAUAAUAGAGAAACUAUCAGCGUCAGAGCUGUGUGGCUCAGUGGUAGGACGGAAGUUUACCAACUCAGAGAAGAGACCAUGCCUGAGUUCGAGACGAGGAGUGCCCUGAUAUUUUUCUCUGUUGUCAUCAAUUGUUUACAUUAUACAAGCUCCUACAGAAUCUUAGGGACUGCGUACAAUGAAAGGAAUAAGGAACAGGAAAUAAAGGUGAAAUUACACGGUCCGAAAUAG